UCAUCUUAUUACUAACUCUCUUCAACUACCCUAUUCAAUUAUAUUCAAAAUUUUAUAUAAAUAAGGCUCUUCCAUCAUUUGUUAUAUAUUCUAUUUGCUUACAUCACCCUUAUAUAUGUAACCAAUAAUAACAAGAGAAAUUAGUUUCAUCACUACUUGAAGGUUAUUCAACAAUUCAAAUAGCUAUUAUAAUGGAUGAAAAGGUGAAAACUCUUGAAUUAGAAUUACAACAUGUGAGAGAGGAGAACAAUACUCUAAGAUUCAUGCUUGAAGUUAUGAAGAUCAAGUGCACAAAUUUAGAAUCACAUCUUCAAGAGAUCAACAAAGUAGAACACAAAGAGAUCAUAAGUUCAAAUCAAAUUGGGUUAUUACCAAACUUUGAUACAAGCAAAAGAGCAAGACUAGAGCACUUUCCAACCGCCAAAAAACCAUUACAAAUGGUAAAAGAUGGUUAUCAAUGGAGAAAGUAUGGACAAAAAGUUACCAAAGAUAAUGCUUCUCCUAGAGCUUACUUUAGGUGCUCAAUGGCUCCUAGUUGCCCAGCAAAAAAGAAGGUGCAAAAAAGCUUACAUGAUAAGUCUAUCAUUGUUGCAACUUAUGAUGGAGAACACAACCAUGGUGUCUCUAAUGACCCAUUCAAACCAUCUUCAUCCGCGCUUAAUGAUUCAUCGAUACCUAAUAUCAAAAUUGAAGAAUACGCAAGUUCGCUAAUCAAAGAUCCUGACUUUACUGCGGUAUUAGCUAACGCAGUUGCAAAAACUAUCACAGGUCAAGAGCAUAAGCGAUUAGGUCUAAAUCUCAAUUUGAAUCUUUCAGAAGAGUGAAAUCAAUGAUAUAUCUUGAUAAUUUAGAGUUCGGUCAGAAUGUAAAUGAAGUCUAGGCAAAGAGAUUGUUUCGGUUAGAAUAUGGUUAAUGAAGAUAAAAUUUUAUUCAUAAUAUGAUAGGUUUGUAUCAUUGAAAGUGAGAAACUUCUAACAAAGAAAAUGACUCACUAAAAUUUGUAACUUGUAUUCUAAGCAAUAGCUUGAUAUUUACAAAGCAUUUGAAUUCAUCAGUUCAU